AUGCCUGAAGUUCACUCAUACGAAUCUAGCAAAAGCAGAACUUCUCUACCAUACCAUUCACUUUUGAAUCCGAAAAUAGAGAAUGAUGAAGGACCAUACCUACGAGAUGACGAUGCGGCUGCUUUGCGGCGAAAGUUUCUGUAUGGAGUAGCUUUGGGGCUUCUCAGUGGAUUAUCCAUAAUUCUGGUUAUCUAUGCCACAUUUUCAUACAUUUCUAAUUGGAGUAUACCACAGACAUUCCCUCCAGAUUUUCCAUCACAUCCAGUCAUGUUUGAAGAAGACGAAACAUAUACAGCUGCUUCUAGUCCAGAAAUCGAUUCAGCAUGGGAUAAUUUAAUGCCAGCUGGACGAGGUUUCAUUCUUGUCGAAAACCCCGAAAAAUAUGGUCUUCGACCAGGAUUACCAUCAGCAAAUGGGCCAGAUCGAUAUUCGGUUUCUGUAUUCCACCAACUCCACUGUCUGGGCAUGAUCCGCGAAUCCUACAACUCGGUUCUCAUGGGAGUUCGCCCGCACAUCCACGGCGAUGAAAAUCUCUCACACUCAGCGGCUCAAGAAUCGGAAAAAGAACACACAUCCCACUGCUUCGAUUAUUUACGACAAGCAAUGAUGUGUUCUGCAGAUAUGACUAUCGAAUGGGCAAUGGAGAUGCCGGAUGGGAAACCUCCGUUUACAGUUGAUGGGUGGGGUAUCACUCAUAUGUGUAGAGAUUGGAAACAUGUUUUGAAGUGGAUGGGAGAGCAUAGGAGUCCGGUGAAUAGUCCGGGGAUUGCGUAA